AUGGAAAAAGAAAUUUUAAAUAAUUUCCACCAUUUUGAUAAUGAAAUUUUAAAUAAUAACUACUUUAAUAAAAAUUAUAAACACCAAGAAUUUAAAAAAUAUUCACCUUCAAUUCCACCAUUACUUUCACCAUUUAGUUCCAUUAAUCACAUUCCAUUCCAACAAAAAAAUAAUCCAUCACUAAUACCUACAAAAUAUAUUCCAUCCAUUUAUAAAAAUUCAAAUAAUGAUAAUAAUAAUUAUUAUUAUAAUAAUAAUAAUAAUAAUAAUAAUAAUAAUAAUAAUAAUAAUAAUAAUAAUAAUUUAAAAAUUCAAGAAAAAAUUCAAUAUGAUUUAUCAAUUGAAAAAAUUAAAGUUUUAGAGAAAACUUUAAUUUCAUUAGAUGAAAUGAUAGAAACUUUAGAAAACCAAGCAUCAGUUUUAAAACAACAACAAAUUCAAAUACAAGAAAGAGAAAAAGAAAAAGAAAACAAUUCAAAAUUAGAUUAUAAUUCAAAAUCGAAAUCCAGAAUUUCUUAUUAUGUUAAAAAGAUGAAACCAUUUGAAGAGAAUAAAGUAUCACAAUGUUAUUGGAAUGAUUGUAAAGAUGAACCUAAAAAAAUAUUUGAUAAUUUAUCUGAACUUGGUGAACACAUUGAUGAACAUGUAAAUUCGUUAACAAUGACUCAACUUAAAUGUAAAUGGAAAGAUUGUCAAGCUUCACAAAAUACAUUUUAUAACAAGUAUUCAUUAAUCAACCAUAUUAGAUAUAGACAUACUGGUAUAAAACCAUUUAUAUGUAGAGAUAGUAAUUGUAGGAAAGCAUUUGUACGUAAGGCUGAUUUAGACUCACAUGAAUCAUCUCAUCAAAAAAGAAAUUUAUCACUACAAAAAUCAAAUGAUCAAUUAUUUGAAAUAAAAAUAUAA